AUGCCACCGAAGGCUGUGCUGACCAGCCUCCGCACGGAGCGUGGCCUUGAGGAGCUCAAUACUUUGCUAGCGAGUCAGUCCUAUGUGGGUGGCACGUUCCACGCUACAGCUGAGGAUAUGACCUGCUUUGCAGCAGUACAUGCCCGACCCGAUAGACAGCAGUAUCCGCACUUGCACAGAUGGUACAAUCACAUCUCCAGUUUGAAGAAAACCUAUGCGCCAUACCAUGUAUGGGCCGGACAGACAAAGCAGGUGAGCAAUGAUGGAGGGCAGGAGGUCAAAAAGGGCCCGCGUGCGGCGGGAAAGGAGAAAAAGACACUACCGUUUGACUGCAAGGCGGAACCUGUCUCAAACAGACGGGAAGUCCAGGGCGACGAAGUGAAGCGGGGAGCAGGCGCAACGUGCUUCCCAAGUGCCAGUGGAGCCAAGCGGUACUACAUUACGACUGCGAUUGCUUAUUGCAAUGGGUGGCCUCACAUAGGCCAUGGCUACGAGUUUCUGACCUCUGACGUUUUUGCGAGGUAUCAUCGCAUGCUUGGAGAGGAUGUUUUUUUCAUGACGGGUGCUGACGAGCACGGGCAAAAAAUCGCACAAGUGGCUGAGAACGAGGGUCUGCAGCCGAUCCAAAUGUGCGACCGCUACUGCAUGGGCUUUCGUGCAUUGAACCAACGCUUGAAUGUGUCCAACGACUUCUAUGUUCGUACAACAGAAGAGCGGCACAAGGUGGUCGCAAGAGCUGUUUGGAAAAAGUGCAAGGACAAAGGCGAUAUUUAUUUGGACAACUAUGAGGGCUGGUACCUCAUUCGAGAGGAACGUUUCAUAACUGAGCAGGAAGCGCAAGAGUGGAAUUACAAGGAUCCCAUGUCUGGCGUCGACCUGAAGAAGAUGUCUGAACCCAGCUUCUUCUUUUGCUUGAGUAAGUACCAGCAGAAGGUGAUUGACCACAUUGAGGCCAAUCCAGAGUUUCUUGAGCCAGCCCAGUACAGAGGCGAGAUUCUGGAGCGACUGAAGUCCAUCGAGGCCAUGAUACAUUGA